AUGAAGCAGUAUAAAGAGCCUAUAAACGCUCAAGCCGGGUCACUCAACUAUCGCGACCUGCUUCGCCAGCUUUUCGAGGCCGUUCAACUUGGGGAUCAUAACCAAGAACGACAUCUGCUAGACAUGAUUCAAGAUCCUGACUCUCUGCGAGAAGUUCGUGUAGCCCUUGACGGAAUGCUAGCAAGCGAAGGAAUCUAUCGCCUGAACGACAGAAUCAUCAGCCAGUCAAGAAAUGUCGACUCCGAGAGUAAAUCUGACAGUGCUGUUACUAGGUCUCAGCCUAUGGUUAUGAAUAUUCAAUACCUGUGCAGCACUGUUCCGUUCAGAGUCCCAGCAAAACCUUGGACAACUGUCACCGACAGUGAUGACCUCGUCUCACAUUUGGUGUCACUCUAUCUGACCUGGGCAUACCCUUUCUACGCCUUUUUCUGCCGUGAGACAUUUGUCAAGCACAUGAAAAAUGGCAAUAUGAACUCGGAUUUUUGCAGUCCGCUCUUGGUCAACGCUCUCCUCGCUAACGCUUGCUUCUUUUCUGAUUAUUCAGAGGCGUACAGUUUACCUGGUGACGUGAAGAGAAAGGGGGCUCACUUCCUAGCCGAGGCCGAAUCAUACCUGAGCUCGCACCAAUUUCAGAGCAGAAACGAUGUCCGCUUGUCUUCUCUCCAGGCAAUUCUGUUACUAUACGAGAGAUACUCCUUGUUAGGCCGGGAUGCCUACGGAUACACAAUGCUCAAUAGAGCGAUCAGCAUGGCGGAGUCAAUGGGUCUAGUGAAUAAUACCGGCGAUAUACAACUAGAGGCCUCACAAGUUUCCGACGACAUGAAGCGGUCUCUCAAACGAACUGCGUGGGGCCUGUUUCAAAUUGAUACGAUUGUCCAUAUGAACUUCCUCAAGAACAGCCGCAUUAAAUCAGUGAACCUCAGUCGGAUUUCUCGCGAUGAUACCCAGCAUGAUGAAUUGUGGAUACCGUACCCACUACAAGCAGAACCACGGUGGUCCUACAUGAGCUUGUACUUUGACGAGGCAUGUAGCCUGUCAUACAUAGCCAGGGAUGCAUCAUGGGAGGUUAUGCGCACCAAUAAGGACGACCGGGCCAAACGAGCACUAUAUGAUCGCCUCUGUGACUGGGAUAGAAAUCUUCCCACAGUAUUUCAGUCAGAGAAGAUGCCAGCGCCAUACAUCUUGAUCCUCAGGAUGAGGUAUCAUACCCUCGUCAUCAAUCUGUGCUGCCACGAUCUUCAAGGAGACAUAUCAUCUGUUCCGAUAGAUACACACACCCCCUAUAUGGGUAGCUCUAUGAAAACGGCUAUCUCCUCAGCGCGGGAAAUUGCGUCUCUCGUCCAGACUUUCAAAGAGCAGUUCGGACUCGAAUAUAGUCAUCACUUUGCUAUGUACGCUAUCAACGUUUCACUUUUCUGUCUGAUCAUACAGGACGGAUUCAACAUUCUCGAUCAAGAUUUUCUCAACCUCACAGAAGCAUUCUCCAUCAUUGCAUGUCGCUCGCAGGUAGGGCGGAACCUAUUCCACACGUUCAAACUGGCGAUGCGCACGAGCAUCAAGACGGGCCAAGGACCUGUCUCGGGCGCCCUCCCACCUGCACUCGAAGAAUUAUUUGAGCCGCGCGAAAAUACUCAUGAGCCAGAUAAAUGGGACGAGUAUGCAGAAGGGCUGGCUGGAGUUGAUGGCGACGGAAGCUUCUUGAAGUAUCUUGAAAUCAACCCGGUUGUGCCGAAUUUGAAAGACAUGUUGCACUGGUACGAAUACCUGAGCAUUGGUGAGGAGGCUCCGUGGAGGAGGCCUAGCUCCCAGGCUGCUUUUUGA